CGACGAAUUCUACAAGACUGGAAGUUUUAUCUUUUAAAUCACAUUUAAUUGUUAGUCAAGUGUAGAAUUUUGUUUGGAAUAUACCUAAUAACAUAACAAUGAUGGGCAAUAGUACAGAUCUAUUUCUUGAUCGAACCAAAAGUAUACUUAACUUCUUCGCUAUGUGGCGUUCAUUUGAAAAACCAAUCCCACUAAAAGUUUAUAUGGCGUUUAUCAUGACGACACAGUAUUUAUUUCUUAUAUUUGAAAUAAUUUACAUUGUGAAUGUCUGGGGAGAUAUGGCCGAAGUUUCUGAAGCUUCUAUUUUGUUGUUCACUCAAGCCUCGGUUUGUUAUAAAAUUACAUCAUUUAUCAGUAAGACAAACAAUUUUGUGAUCCUAUUGGGUUUAAUAGAAAGCGAAAUAUUUUCAGCCCAAACUGAAUUGCAUGAAAAGAUAUUAAUUUUGAAAGCUCGAAAAAUAAAGCGUCUGUGCAUGUUCUUUUUGGUGAACGCUGUUACAACAUGUUCGCUGUGGGCGGUUAUCCCAUUACUUGACAUAAGCAGUAAAAUGCUGCCUUUUAAAAUUUGGAUGCCUGCUUCGACCGGCGAAUCGCCUCACUAUGAAUUGGGAUAUCUUUACCAAAUGAUUACGAUUUACAUAAGUGCGUUUCUUUUUAUCGGAGUCGACAGCGUACCGCUUUCGAUGAUCAUGUUCGGAUGUGCCCAACUGGAGAUUAUUAUGGAUAAAAUUGGCAAGGUGAAAAGUCGGCCACUCGAUCAGCAACCGAUGCAAAGGCAAGCAGUGCUCAAUUCUAAUUAUGAGCUAUUAGUUGAAUGCGUGCGCCGCUAUCAAAGUGUAGUGAGAUUCAUUGAACUAACAGAAAAAACGUAUCACGCAAACAUAUUUUUUCAACUCAGUGGAUCGGUUUUGAUUAUUUGCAACAUUGGAUUUCGUAUUGCUAUCGUAGACAGCAACAGUCUUCAGUUUUAUUCAAUGUUGACAUAUUUAGUAACGAUGCUCUCGCAACUAUUCCAGUACUGUUGGUGUGGGCAUGAGCUCACGAUUCGAGGUGAGGAAUUGCGUGAGACGCUGUAUCAAUCUCCCUGGCAUGAACAGGAUAUCCGCUUCAGGAAGGUUCUCAUAAUUACAAUGGAACGAAUGAAAAGGCCUAUAAUAUUCAAAGCGGGUCAUUACAUUCCGCUGUCGAGGCCUACUUUUGUGGCUAUACUCCGCUGUUCGUAUUCGUAUUUCGCCGUGCUAAAUAGAGUUCGAAACGAAUGAAAACACUAUUCACAAAUUAAUUGUUUA